ACAGACGCUCCGCGGGACCGAAGGCUGUUGGUGCCCCGGAGAUGGUGGCGGUUCUGCCUCUGCCCACAGAGGCUUGCGGUUCCGACAGGACCCGCUUCCUCCCUUCCGGACACGUCGGCAUCUGUGGAGGAAUGAAACAGUGAUCAUUCGGCGCGAUGUGGAUCCUGCCCGGUGUCACCGGUGAGGUCCAAUGAGGUGUCUGGAUGGGACAGUUGAGAGCCGGAGACGUCCUGACUAGCCGGGACGUGUUGUCAUCCACCAGCCUGCAAAGUUUACUUCUCAAAGCUCGGAUGAUUCCUCACAUUCUUCACCGUGAUCGACCCUGGAGGAUGUCUGGACCAUCUGGAGGCAAGCUGAGGUGCAUCAGCGAUACGGUGCGUUUACCGAGACCGAUGCAUCGAAUAUAACUAUAUUAUGUCUAGUUGCUGAUCACGUCUGGAGGAAAAAAGCUUUCAUGAAGUGCUUUUAACUGAAUCAGAUCUGAGAGGUGUUUUAAAUUCUGUCUCAGACUUGAACACAAAGGGCUUCAUUUUAAUCACACUUUCGUAGAUUUGGUCGUAAAACUAUAUUUGGCCAUGACCGGACCAGUAAACUGCUGUGGCAAUAAGCAGACCAGUGUGUGGUAGGUGGAGUGGACGUCAACAGAGAGCCAUGCAACAAGAGAGGAGUGAGGGGGUGACGUCAGCAACAAGCAACUCUGAAUGUUUGGAAGGUCCACUGAUGUUUAUGCAGCAAACAAUCUGCGUUUCCUCCGGCUGACACCUCUCUCACCGUUAGAUUCCUGCUGUGAGCUCCAAAAAGAGAACAUAGGAAAAUGUCAUCUCCACAACAUCAGCAGCUGCUGCCGCAGAACACAGAAGUUAGCUGCGACUCGAGUGGAGACGGGGGCGUUUCAGUCCGGAUCGCCAACUGUGCCAAACACAAGGACAGAGGAGGGCCUCUGGGUUCCAUAGGGGGAGGCUUCAUAGGGGGGUCCAAACACUGCAAGUACAGCAUCUCCUCCAGUUGCAGCUCUGGGGAGUCCGGGGUGAGGAGGCAGGCGGUCCGGAGCUUUCGGAAGCAGAGGAAGAUGCCGCAGCUCUUCGAAAGAUCCGCCGGUCACUUCUGGGACCCGAAGUUUGACUCGUCCAUCCUGGAGGAGGCCUGCAGGGAGCGGUGCUUUCCCCAGACUCGCCGGCGAUUUCGCUACGUCCUGUUUUACCUGGCGAGUGUCGGACUUCUCUGGGGGAUCUACUUCUCAGCCAACCCUUUACGUUGCAACAGAAGCGCCUUUUUGAUCCCCACGGCUUUGUUCCUCCUCUUUUGCCUUCUUCUUUUCCUCGUCACUUUCACGAAAAUCUACUCGCGCUGCUAUAACCAAGCGUCUCUGCUCCUCAUCCUUGUCACCUUCAUCACCACACUGGCCCCGCAGAUCCAGACGUCGGGCUUCAGCGAGACUGAAACUUCUUCCCUAGACGUGGAGGAGUACAGUGGUAUGGAGCCGAUAUACAACGUAUCCUAUGAAAGACUCGUCGGAGUUAACACCAGUCCCCCAUGUGUCUCACCUGUUGGGACCUUCUCACUGUGCAUUGAGGUUCUUCUGUUGCUCUACAGUGUUCUUCAUGUCCGCCUGUAUGCUUCUGUCCUACUUGGGUUUCUCUACUCAGUCCUGUUUGAGGCCCUGGGCUGGUUACGCCUGGAGAAGGUGGGCGACAGCUGGAGCAUCGACCCUCAGACAGACUGGAGCACAUUAAGCUGGUUGGGCCCGGCCAAAGCUCUCCUUCACCUCUGCGCCCACGCCAUCGGAAUCCACCUGUUCAUCAUGUCAGAGGUCCGGUCCCGCAGCACCUUCCUCAAGGUGGGACAGGCCAUCAUGCAUGGCAAAGAUCUGGAGGUUGAGAAAGCUUUAAAGGAGCGGAUGAUUCACUCUGUCAUGCCCAGGAUUGUGGCGGACGAACUGAUGAAGCAGGGGGAUGAGGAGCUUGGGGAUAGUUCCGAUAAAAGGUAUUCCACUAGCGGUGCGGCAGCGGUCAUCGCUAGCCCGAAAAACAACAAACGCAAAAAGACCUCCAUCCCGAGGGGGCAAAUCAUCUUCAGGCCCUUUAACAUGAAGAGAAUGGAACCUGUGAGUAUUCUCUUCGCGGACAUCGUGGGCUUUACCAAAAUGUCCGCCAACAAAUCUGCCCACGCGCUUGUCGGGCUUUUGAACGACCUGUUUGGACGUUUCGAUCGGCUGUGCGAGCUGACCGGCUGUGAGAAGAUCAGCACGCUCGGCGACUGCUAUUACUGUGUGGCGGGUUGUCCCGAGCCCAGACCUGAUCAUGCCUACUGCUGUGUGGAAAUGGGCCUUGGCAUGAUCCAAGCCAUCGAACAGUUCUGCCAGGAGAAACGGGAGAUGGUCAACAUGCGGGUGGGCGUCCACACCGGCACCGUGCUGUGCGGCAUCCUUGGCAUGAAGCGCUUCAAGUUCGACGUUUGGUCCAAUGACGUCAACUUGGCGAACCUCAUGGAGCAGCUGGGUGUGGCGGGAAAGGUCCACCUCUCGCAAGCCACCGCCAACUUCCUCGAUGAGCGCUACCAACACGAGGACGGGCAGGUGAUGGAGAGAAUCGGACCCAGCGUGGUGGCGGAACAGCUGAAAGGCCUGAGGACAUACCUGAUCUCAGGAAGGAAAUCCGAGCCCCACGCUCUCUGUGGCUGCUCCCAGUUGGGUUUAUCAGGAGCAGAACAAGUAGAAUCUUGGUGCGCAACAUCAAGAGGCCACUCGCCCGAUGGAGCCCCCGCCGCCUGCUACCUGCCCCCCGACAGCAACAUGUCUUCCUGUGUGUCCUGCAGUGUCGCCCCUGUUCCAGUGACUGAUCACGUUGUCGAAGAAGUAGAGGUGACCAGCGGCUGCCAUGAUGAUCUGAAGACCAGCAAGGACUCCUCGGCUCAGAAGUUCUCCUCAGCAGUCCCUGCACGCCGCAGCCCCCGGGCGAUGAACGGUCUGUUCAGUCCACAGCUGGAAGCUUUGAACAACAGCCAGACGUCGCUGUGCGAGAUGCUGCAAGAGAAGGAGAAGAAGGCUUGGGGCGGGGGAGCCCUGGGCAUGGACCACUCGGCGCUCAUCCCACUGCGCUCUAAGAACUUCAGAGAGCGGAGCGAUGCCCAUUUUGUGGAUGUUAUUAAGGAGGACAGCUUGAUGAAGGACUAUUUCUACAGACCUCCAAUAAACAAGCUCAGCCUCACCUUCCUGGAGAGAAGCCUGGAGUCCAACUACAGAAUAAGCUACCAAGAGGAGGUCGAGACUCAAACGGCGGCCCAAACUUUCGCCAGCCCACGGUUCAGCUCGUUUCUGGACAUGGUUCUCUGCUGCUGGGUGUUUUUGGCUCUCUCUCUGGCCUGUUUCCUCCGGCCCCUGGUCACUCAGCCCAGUCUGCCCGCGCCUGCCCUCAUUCUGACCGCUGUGGCAGCUUUGUUGGAGACUCUGGCGCUGCUACUGGCGGUUCGCAUGGCUUUUUACCUGGACACUGUGCUGCAGUGCACACGGACCCUGAUGAGAGCGAUGUCCGGUUGGGUGCCGCGGCACCUUAUAGGUGCCGUCCUGGUGUCUCUGCCCGCUGUGACCGUCUUCUCUCACGUCUCCUGUGACAUGCAACACUCCAUACAGUUCAACACGUUCAUUUGCUGCGCCGCCAUCAUAGCCAUCAUCCAGUACUGCAACUCCUGUCAGCUCAGCUACUGGAUGCGCUCGACGUUGGCGACAGUGGUGGGCGUUUGUCUCCUGCUGCUGCUCUUCACUUCCCCCUGCAGUUAUGCUACCACUCUGUUUUUCUGGCUGGACAGCCACCACAACAACAGCAACAGCUCCGUCUUGAUAUCAGGCAGGCAAGCGGGUCAUGACCCACAACUCCGCCCACAGGAUCUGCUCGGCCCAGAGGCCUGUGUGGCCUUUUUCCUGCUCCUACUUCUGGUUUGGUUCCUCAACCGAGAGUUUGAGGUCAGUUACCGCCUGCAUUACCAUGGCAACGUGGAGGCUGACCAGCACCGCAUCAAGAUCCAGAACAUGAGGGACCAGGCCGACUGGCUGCUCCGCAACAUCAUCCCUAUACAUGUGGCCGAGCAGCUGAAGGUCACGCAGAGCUACUCCAAGAACCACGACAACGUGGGCGUGAUUUUUGCGAGCAUUGUAAACUUCAGCGAGUUCUACGAGGAGAGCUACGAGGGCGGAAAAGAGUGCUACCGUGUCCUCAAUGAGCUGAUCGGGGAUUUUGAUGAGCUCUUACGGAAGCCUGCCUUCUCCAACAUCGAAAAGAUAAAGACAAUCGGCGCCACCUAUAUGGCGGCAUCGGGGCUGAACACUCAGCAGUGUGCCGACGCGGCACAUCCUCACGCUCACCUGCGUGCGCUGUUUGAGUUCUCCCUGGAGAUGAUGCACGUGGUGGACGACUUCAACAAGAACAUGCUGGGCUUCGGCUUCAAGCUUCGGAUCGGGUUCAAUCACGGGCCGCUGACCGCCGGGGUGAUCGGAACCACCAAGCUUCUCUACGACAUCUGGGGCGACACGGUCAACAUCGCCAGCCGCAUGGACACCACCGGCGUGGAGUGUCGGGUGCAGGUCAGCGAGGAGAGCUACUGCGUGCUCAGUGCCAUGGACUAUGAGUUUGAUUACCGUGGCACCGUGAAUGUCAAAGGCAAAGGUCAGAUGAAGACCUUCCUGUAUCCGAAGAGCCUCGACAGCGGACCUGUGCCACAGUACCAGCUCUCUGUCUCACCCGAGAUCCGGGCACAAGUGGACGGCAGCAUCGGCCGCUCACCGACCGACGAAAUUGCCAGCAUGGUGCCCACAACCAACACAAACAAGACAAUGGUGCCGAGUGCCAGCGCUGGUUCGUCCACGCACACAGGUCUCGGCCAGGGAAGGAAGCUGUCGCACUGUGGGGACCGACAGCUCUCAGCUCUGACUCCUCACGCUCGCAGGUCUGUGUCUCACAGCGGCCUUGUGUCUUUACCCACCACGAGUCUGGAAGGAGCGGACCACAAACAUCUCGCCAUCAAGAAGGACAAACUUGGUGAUGACGUGUUGAGACUUUAAAAUGUGGCACUUUCAAUCCUUUACCCUUUAACAGUGUUUCUGAAUGAAUAGCUCGAUUCAAGGUAGCACAUGAGACUGUGGAGGUAAAUCUCUGCCGCUGAGUUUUGAAUGCUUUUUUGUUUUGAAAGAUUCAAAAUGUGGGUUUUUUUUGGACUCAAAUUGUAUUGAAAACCUUUUUUAUUGUUUCUUUUUUUAUAUUAAUUCAGAAUUUUUAUUUUUCUUAUUCAAAACUCUUUUUUUCUCCACAUUCAGGCUGAGAUUGACCUCCAUAUGAGACAGGACUCAAAUGGGAAACUGUCCUUCAGCAGAGCUCACCGCCUCCUUACUUGAUAGAUCUUUCACCUUUAAUUUGAUGUAUUGAAGUGCCUUUAGAAUAGAUCAAAGCAUGGAUUUAGUUUUUUUUCUUUUAGGAUGAAAAUAAAGGGAAUUAUUGUAACGCUACUUAAUAAUUUGGCACAUAAUAUUUGGUUUCACUUCGCAGCAGCACGGUGGUGCAGUGGUUAGUGUUGAGCAAACUUUGGGUCUGUCUGAGCGUCUCUGGUUUCCUCCCACAGUCUGAAAGCAAAGAGAGGAUAAUGGAUGACUCUGAAAUGUCCGCAGGCGUGAGCGUGUGUGUGAGUGCUUGUCUCAUGUGUACAAGCCAGGGUGUCCCCCGCCUCUCACCCUGUGUAGCUGGGAAGGAAGAUCCAGCAAACCCUCUUCAUGCCAAUUCAUUUGAUCAGUGUUUACAAAUAAUGUUAGCUUAGACUUGCUGGAUCUGUCUUUAAUAAAUACCCAUUGGAAAUAUUAACAUUUGCCUUUUAUCAACCAAAGAGUUAACGGCUUACAAAAUAGUAUUAAAAUUUCACUUUCAAUGUAUUAAAUAAAGCACCUACAUUUGCUUUACUGUAAUAGAACAUGCUUUACUUUAUAACGUCACCUUUUAUCAACGUGAAUAUGGAAAUAUAGACAAGGAGGACAAAGACUCAACACGUGUUGAUAGAAUGUGCACUAAAUAAAAUCGGUUUUGUGAGCUGCAUGUUGUGUGACUGUGCUUGCAUGAAAACUGCGUGUGUGUAUUCGUGCUCCGUCGAAAUCAAUAUUCAAGACAAGCGGUGCCUUGAAUUUGUGACGCUGAAAAGUUUUUUUUGCCGUUGUAAAAUUUGAAUUCCUUAUAGACGUGUCCGUCACUGGCCAGUCCAGUUGUGUCCUAACUGAUCUGUGGAAGUGUCUUUAACUGGAGGUCAAUUUGAGGCAACAACAGUGUGGGUUACCGUGGGUUUCACUGUGUGCUAGCUGACCUAGCUUUUCGGGGACUCAGUGUGGAAUGUUUCAAACAGUUUUUAAUUUUUAAGAUUUUUCCCUCGUAUCUUUAGGGUCAUAAUCUUAAAGAAACAAGGUUCUACUUUCUUGGUUUUGCUGAGUAAAAAUAGAGCAUGGUGUUGCUUAUAAUAGCUAUUACUUUUUGAGUGGUGCCUUGUCUUCUAAACAUACAAAUUGGCUUUUGGUUGUUUUCGUUUCAUUUUCUUGUAUUUACCUGGUUUUAACGUGACAAUUUUUCAAAUUCACAGUAAUUACUGCAGCGAGUGACUCAGUGUCUGAUUGUGAGCAUGAUCUUUGCCGUCCCUAAAUUAUAUAUGAAAUAUGAUUGACAGCACGGUGGCAGUAGGAGCCUUCUGAUGCCAAAGAGUGUCAUCGCCAUCUUGUGAAUCUUCUUUGAAAAACUUUUGUCAUACGGAUGAGAUAUUUACGUCUUGGAGUCACGGCUCCAUGAUUGAACUUUGACCCUGUUGUAUUGCAAUAAGACCGUAGUUUGCUGAGUGAGCAUUAAGUGCCUAAAAGAACAGUUGCCGUAUCAAAUGUUAUAUUCUUUUAUUGCGCUUAUAAAUCAUUAAAAUUCAUACCUAGGUCUUGACCAGAAAAUCUCAAGUCCACUAGCUUUAACUCAUUUGUUGGUUAAGUAGACAUAAAAAAAACAUGUUUAUUAGGAAGUAAAACAUCCAAUUUUCUUUAUAUAAGCUCUUUAGGAUGACUAAAUUAGCUUUCUUUGCUCGUAGGCCUUUAAUCUACCGCCAUUUUUUUGCACUUGCUGCACAUUAAUGCUUAUGUACAGUGCUUUUUGUAUUGUGUCUAUAGUCAUUUUUAUAUUCUCUACAUCAGCGCAUGUGCUAGAGUAUUGAAUAUUUUUAAUCACUUGCAUGUAUAUAAAGUGAAUAUAAAAGUGUGUUGUGUGUGUUUAAGAAGACCGUUCAAGUGUCGCUGAGGAUAAUUUUGUCUACUCUUUGUGUUAGAUACGAAUGCAGUCGAUCAGUCUUAUUAUACGUGACCAAAAUAGAGUCGCUAGUAGAUGCUGGUGGGCGCUAAAUGGGUAGAUGGAUAUAACCCUGAUCAAAUGGGCCUUUUUUUAAUUUAUAAUGUGAUAAGUAUACUGACCGAUGAAAUUGAACAUUGAAUAAAGUU